CAGUGGAUUCGUUUGUCACACUGAUCAAUGUUCAGAGUUCUUACUUGACGCCAAAUUCUAGUAAUAGUAACUUAAGGUUUUUGACGCAAUUGUCUCUUUCAUAAACUGAAAUAAAACUGUUAUUAACUGACUUCGAACAUGUCUGAAAAGAAAGGAUACCCAAGUGCCCCCCAAGCUCCAGCAGGCUAUGUGCCAGCCCCUCCUCACCCCGCAACUCCUGCGGCUGCUGCUUAUGCUGCAGCCACAGCAUCACCUUAUGCGGUUUACCAGCAACUUUAUCCUGGGCAGGCUCCUCCUCCUUAUGACCAGCAACUACCUGCCAUAAUGGCUCAACAGAUGUAUCCACACGUUGGUGUUGGUACCGCUAUGUAUAGCCAAACUGCGACUCCAGGAUACUACACCUCUGCUUUUACUCCAAUGCAGGCCUAUUAUCCACUUGCCUAUACAUAUCCACAGCCUCAGCUUAGGCCUACAAUUAUGAUACCUAAUGGCUAUGAUGGAGGCGCGAGAUUUGAUGGAAUUGCUGCUCCAGUGGUACCAGGCCCCCCUCCUGGAGUCCCACCCACUCCAGCUCAACUCGCAGCAAUGGCUGGACACAAUCUUACCUUGUCUCAGAAGAAAGGUAGUUUUCUAACUGGUGCAUCUGAAGGAGGUUAUACUUUUUGGUAGUACUCUCCCAAGGUAGGCAUAUAAAUGAGUUGGGGGAUUUGACCAUUCUCUUUGGACAUUCUCCAUCCUCUCCUUCUACCAUACUACACUCUAAUGAGAGCUCAAUAUUCUUUUAGUAUUCAUAAUAACCACAUAUAAAGGAUAAACAAAGGAAUAUAACAACUAGGCAAUAUUUAUGGAAUACUCUUGUUAUUUAAUGUUUUUGAUGAUUUAUUUGUUAAAUUAAAAUAAUAAUAAUUAAAAAACUAAGAGAGAAGAAAAAUCAUCUUAAACUGACUAUCCUCUUUUAGAUAUCUUUUUACUUGAAGGUUUUAUUUUAUUAUAUUUCGAGUUUGUUUGAUCAAUGUGACAAAUAUAUUUAUAUAUUUAUUUCAAAAAUUGUUUUUGUUUUUAAAAAACAGGCAUAAGAUAUAUAAACGAAUAAUAAAACAAUUUUAAAUGUCAAAUGAACUGUGAUAAAAGCAGAAUUGUCGAAAAUGAUUAAAGUAGGUAAGUGUUGCCUAUGGUCAUGUUUUAAAACAAUAAGAAGAGGAACUUAAAUCAUAAAAUGAGUAAUUCUUUUAACAAAAGACUAUUAAAUAUUGCAUUGAGAGUUUUCUAUAAGCCCAUUGUUUAUUAAAAAAAAAAAAAAAAAAGUAAUAACAAUCCAUAAAAGUAAAUGUUAUGACUAUUACUAUGUAAUAAAUUUGAUGUUUGGCAGUUUUCAUUUGUUUUAAUCAAAUAUUAUUUUAUAUGUUCCAAAUAGGCUUUAAAGUUACUGUUAGUGCAGAAAGAUAAGCCAGUUAAAAAAUUUUAAGUAAUAUUGUCAUUCUUAGUCCAUAAAUUACUGCUUUGUUAAACAAAUUUUAAAUAUAAACUAAACAAGUGUUAGGGCAUUAAUAUUUAUUUAAUCGAUGACCGAUACAAUUUCACAUUUAUAUAUGUGUGGUUUGUUUAUGAGAAGUAUCUUUCUUUUGUUAAGUUUAUAUCUAUUCCAUGGAACCAUCUUUGAGUGUAAAAAAAAAAUAAUAAUAAAUACUUAGGGCUGUAUAAGAUAAAUAUAUUAUCUUCUAAGAGAUUAUAUUUCAUUUAUUUGUUAAGCUUACUAGUAUUUGUUCGAAACAAAAAAAAUUGAUCGUUACUUGAAGCAAAAUGAGAAAAAUAUAACAUAUGCUUGUUUGAUACUCUUUACAGUUUAUAAAACAAUUUAAUUCUAGUCCUGUAAGUAUUUCAGAUAUUAAUUCAAAAUUAAUUAAUUAAAAUAAUUGUUCAAAAUUUUAUCGGCUAUCAAUUGAUAAUUUAAAUUAUUGAUUGAUGUUAAUAAGAUUAUUAUAUGAUGUUUGAUGAAACUAAAGCGCUUUCAUAUUAUGAGAGGCAUGCUUAGUGAUUUCAUGUGUCUGUGUUCUUUUUUUAUUUUUUUAAUAAAAUCUGUAUGCAUACAUUCAUUUCUGUGUGUAUACUCAUCGCUAAGAUAUUAGCUGUAAUAAACUGAACUUGUUCAGCACUAACGUAUAAAUGAUAAAUAUGAAACUUAUUUGGUACAAUUUCUUGUGAUACUUUUAUUCAUCGAAGUAUUUUGUAAUAUUUUAUUCCUAUCUGUUAAUUGUUUUGGUUCCAUCAAGUUUAAAUUAAAUAACUUUGACCAUAUUGUAUACUUGUACAAAUAGGCACAAAAAAAACUAAUAAAAGAUUUAAAACCCAAUAUGUAUUUUUUUUUUUCAUCUGUCAUUUUAUUCCUAAAUUGUUGCUAUAGCAAUGUCAUACAAUGUUUAAUAGUUUUAUAGUAUGUAUUUUUCAUUAUUAAAAGCGACGGAUUUUAUUCUUUGCCUCACUGGCUUGUUUCUAAAUACUGAAGGCACCUUGCGUAGAAGUGGGGGAAGAAAUGAGGACACUAAUAGUGCUUUACAAACCAAAACUGGAUCGAAAGGGUUUGCACUUACUGGCUAUUUAGCAUCACUAAUGGAUUACUCCUACGUUGUAAGUUAUUUAUAUGUAGAAUUGCAAUACUAAGGAAAUUCAUCUCUAUCGUGUCAAAGACAACUUAGUAUGUUUUAUUGAUUUAAUGUAAUUUUAUCAAAACCAUUGCAGUUCGUUGCUUUAGGUAGAGUUGAAAUAUAAUACUACAGUUCUCUCUCUGUCAUACAAACUCGGAGGAACUCCAGUAUGAGGUUGAAAAAUUGUUUUCAAAUGAAAUUUUAUUUAACAUGAAGCUUAUUUUAUUUGAUUGUCUAUAAGUUUUUCUAUACUUAAUUUUAAAACUAUUAAUCUCACAGUUACCACAUGCAUUUUGUCUUUAAUUUGUAAUAAACCUGACAAAGGAAACUGGAUUAAAAAAAAAAAAAAAAUGCUCUGUUUCAGAUGAGAGUAUACCAAGUAUUUGUACUUUGAAUAAAUAUAAGUUAGCCAAAAAUUCCACUCUAUUGUUUUGAGGUUUGUGUUAACUGGAGAUUUCUUAUUAAAUAUAUGCUUUUUUUUUUUGCGGCAUGAGUGCACUACGGCCAUGUAGGCCUAUUGUACUCAAAAAUAUAUGCUUACUAAUUUGUUUAUGGGAAUCUGAAAUUAAUUAGUUGUAUCUAAAUUUUUAAGUCAACCAAGUCCAUGGUAAUUUUGGAUUACUAUGAAUAAGUAAACUGAUAAAAGGUUAAGGGCAAAGGUAUUGAACACAGUAUAGGCUCUGCAAAUAUCUAGGCAAUUCUGUGAAUUAGAGUUGGCAGUUGUUGAACACAAGCCAGAUUGAAGAAUGAAUCAAAUAAGGGGAAUAAUUUAAAAAGGUAAAUUUCAUAAUUUCAAUAAAUACACAACACACAUGGGUAUAUAGCAUUUUUGAUUUCAUAGGACCUGAAUUGAUUUUACUUUUUGCCAUUUUACCUC